GUCUACAUUUAAACUGCUGCCUCGCCAGAGCAGGGGAGGCAGAAAGCAGUCCUCUCUGCAGACCAGAUCGCGCUAGCAUACGGCCAGCUCUUCCAGAGAGGGAUUUUCUACAGCUCGCCAGCUCGCCACCGUCCUGCCUAGCAACAUGAUGGAAUUGCUGCUCUUCUUCUCUGUUGUAUUACUGAAGUGCUGCUGAAUUCACUCAGCAGCGCUGGCUGCAUGUUGAAGUGCCAAAGCAAAGAAAUGGCCACUGAAUGGGAAAAAUAAGUAUCAAACAGAGAGGAAAAACCCAAAAAAACAGAAGGCGGGAAAGGGAAUUGUUGUGUCUUUGCCAUCUGCAGACGUGCCAGAGGAAGCCAGAAGCACAUUGAGAGUGGAUGGGGAGAAAGAGAACACCACUGUGAGAGAAACAUAUGAAGAAGGGGAAAAAGAGUAGAAUCCUUAAGGCUGCAGGAGGCAAAGGAAAUCAUGGCUGCAGUCUUGUUGUGACAGAUGGAUGGACUAGAUUCUGAGGAUCAAAAAAGAGCGCAAGGAAUGCAGGCUUGAUUAGGGGGAUAAAAAAGGACAUUAUUACAAUAUUUCGGUAAUGAUGGCGUGCCAAGUGUGGCGACAGACAGCACCAGCCUCCGUGCGUUCAGAUAGGCUGCACAAACAGAUAACAAAGAUUGACAACAUCUGAUGAGCUACCCUGAGAAGUACUUCCCUGCAGCAUGACCGCCUGUCUUACUGGACAGUCAGAAAAGCCCUUCCAAGAGGCUCACACAGAAGACAUGUCAUCACCCUUGUAGCACCAGCACAAAUCCCAAACACGCCCAUGUGCCAGUUCUGAUAACCCUCUGGCUGUUUACAACACAUGUUUGACUUGAUUGAAUGUGACCACCGCGCUUCAGAGCAGUUUAAAUCUGCAUCAUGCAGUGGAGAAGGCGACACUGCUGCCUGAUCAAGAUGACCUGGAAUGUCAAGCGGUCACUCUUUCGCACCCACGUGGUCGGACUCCUGUCCCUGGCCUCCCUGUUCGGCAUUUUCCUUUUCUGUAGCCACCAGGACUGGCUGCCGGGCAGGACCGGGCUGAGAGAGAACCCGGUGGCGUACACUGUGCGGGGUGUUCGUUCCCCGAAAAGUGAAACCAAUCAGAGUGCGCUGAGGAGCAUCUGGAAGGAGACUCUCCAUUCAGCCCCCAAACCCCAGGCUAACCUAAGUUCUAGCCAGGCAGAGGUGCCCUUACAGGGGGUGACCGGGCUGGAGAACUCUUUAAGGGCCAAUAAUAGCUUGUACAGGGAGAUGGCAGUGGGUGGGCAGCUAACUGCGCAGCCUUACCACUACCUUAUCAAUGAACCUCACAAAUGUCAGAACAGUAGUCCCUUCCUUAUACUCCUAAUAGCAGCAGAGCCAGGUCAGGUAGAUGCUAGGAAUGCCAUCAGGCAGACCUGGGGAAAUGACAGUGUGGCUGGGAAGCUUGGCUUUGUCCGCCUGUUUCUGCUGGGACUGGGAAAGGAUGCUGAUGGCUCCCUGCAGCGUUCCAUUAAAAAGGAGAGCCAGCUCUACCACGACAUCAUCCAGCAGGACUACCAGGACACGUACUACAACCUAACAAUCAAAACACUAAUGGGAAUGCGCUGGGUUGCCAAACACUGCCCAAAGGCUCGGUACAUCAUGAAGACAGACAGCGACAUGUUUGUGAACACAGAGUAUCUUAUUCAGAAACUGCUCAAGCCAGAACUGCCACCCCGACGGAACUAUUUCACAGGUUACUUAAUGAGAGGGUAUGCCCCAAACCGAAAUAAGGACAGCAAGUGGUACAUGCCACCUGAAAUGUACCCAAGUGAGCGAUACCCCAUAUUUUGCUCUGGUACAGGGUAUGUGUUCUCAGGAGACCUAGCUGAGAAGAUUUAUGAAGCCUCUUUGAGUAUACGGCGUCUACACUUAGAAGAUGUCUAUGUGGGGAUCUGUCUGGCCAAAUUGCGCAUUGACCCUGUGCCCCCACCAAAUGAAUUUGUGUUCAAUCACUGGCGUGUGUCCUAUUCCAGCUGUAAAUACAGUCACCUGAUUACCUCUCACCAGUUUCAGCCUAAUGAACUGAUCAAAUACUGGAACCAUUUGCAAAGCAACAAGCACAAUGCCUGCAUCAAUGCGGCCAAGGAAAAGGCUGGAAGAUAUCGUCACAGGAAUCUACACUGAAAGAUCGUAUGGGAAGUGUAAAGCAGAGUGUGGAUGAGGGAGGAGAGUUUUUGGUACCGUGUACAGUUCAAUGAAAUAUUUAAAAAUAAAAAAAUAUUUUUUUAAGUUAAGAGAAACAAUAUGUAUUGUAAAUCUGUAACUCAGUGUUC